ACUCGCGGAGCGAUGAAAUCGCAUCGAUGACGGUUUGUGGUGGCGUUUCGCGAAUUUUUUAAUCACGAUUUUCUACACUUUGUUAAACGUUGGAACGCGCAAUAUUGAUUUCGAAACCGCAGUGUUAUUGAUUACCCCGGCGGAGUAACGACGAGGGUCGUUGGCGGCGGUGGCGGUGGUGGUUGUGACGUAUGCAGCGACACCGUCGCAUAUUUUCGCUAGUCCUCCUGGUCGCGCUACUCCUCCAGCUUUCGCGAAAUGCCCAAAAAGAAACCAAUUCCAGUGGAGGACCUCAUAAUACCACCUCAAGACGGUAGGAUAUGCGGUACGAUAUGCCUGUGUCAGAUGACGCUCGUUUUAAGUAGCGUGGCGAUCGUUUAUCUGACCGUGGCCAUCUACGUACCCUCAUCUCGUGCCCUACAAUCGGGAAUUACCGAAGAUCCCGUCAUGUGCACGACCACGAGAGCCGUCAUCGUCGAAAACUGCGACUGGGGAUCCUGUGGUGAGUGGUGUUUGAGCAAAACGUCCGGUUCCUGCAUGCAGAUAUAUGUCAAUCUGCGCCACAACGGUUCCUCUUUGUUGUUGGCUAAUUGCACGAAUACCGCGAAUAAAACUUGCUACGGAAUCGACCAGGAGAACGCGAAAAGAAGUCGUUGCAUAGCGGAUGAGUGCAAGAACCUCACCGGAACAUUCAAUUGCACCACGGGAACGUGCAUCAACAUAACAGAUGCUUUCGAGUGCAUUUUUACAGAAACCGAUCCGGCGCUUAAAUGUUCCGGCAGAAGAGGUAAGAUAACUUGCAUAGAUCUCGACGGUUUAUACAAUUGUAAAAGAGGAACUUGCGAAAGAAUCAGAAUACCCUACAAUUGCGAUAGACGAUGCGUAGACAUCCCAACGAGAAAUAAAAACGUUAUACUCUUAAGCGGGGAUAAGGUUUAUUUAUCUCAAUGUCAGAGAGCGCUAGAAUUAGAAACGGAAGAAGAAAUAUGGAACCAAUCACAAGACAACAUCAUGAUGACGUCAUGUUACAGCAUCAUGAAUACCACCAAGGGUGUUGUCGCUGUAGACUGCGUAAAUGGUUCUCUUUUAGCAAACAACGUCCUAAGCGAUCUUACCAACUUUACGUAUCUCAGCUAUUUGAGCGUUUUUAGCACGAUACCACUCGACGAAAAAAGAAAAAUCGCUCCUCCCGAACCGGAUUUGCUCAUCGCCAACGAAAGUCGUUUACUCAUUAACCUCGAGGGUUGCGUUAAUACCCUUCGAGAUGAAUGUAAGGAGUUCCUGCGGGUUUAUGGGAAGGAUGGGACCGACCAUAACGCUCGCGCCCGCUUCCCAUGCUUCUAUUCAGCUGAAAACACUGAUAUCGUCGUCGCACGUUUCGAUCUCGCCACCACAACCAAACAAUUCUUGGUCGCUUUCGUACUGCCAUCCGUUCUGUUCGUUGUCUCGUGCCUUACGCUUAUUUUAUGUCAACGCACCGUAGUUGUUGGUGAUGAUGCCAAAAUGCGGUUUCAGGGAUGCACUGAUGCUCAAAUUGAAUUCGAAAAAAGUACUUCGGCCAAUAAUAUGGCAGAUAGAGGAGAAAACUCAAUAAUGGCAUUGUAAAAAAAA